AUGAGGUUGACAUUGACCUUUUGUCUACUCGUUUCCUUGGAUAUCGUAUCUGGACUAUUUAGUGUCCCGACAGUGAUAGACGAGGGAAACGCAGGGCACUUGGGCUUUGCUGGAAACUAUGCGGGAAUAUCAUAUGUGAACAGCUUACAACAAUUUCAGUCAACAAACGAGGACUCGAUUAUUUUACGAAACAAUAACAAUACCUAUGAAAAAAUCAGUCAUUUUCAAGGCAAUAUCACAUCAUCGUGUAUGUUUCAAAACUCUAUUUAUUUUGGAGGUCAUUUUGAAACUGUCAAUCAAACAUACCUCGUUCAUCAUGUCGUAAAAUUUGAUACACAAACAAAUCAGUUUCAGUCUUUAGAUCAAGGUUUAAAUGGUCCUGUCUAUUCUCUAUAUUGCGAUGAUUUGGAUCAAGUACUUUAUAUUGGUGGAAAUUUCUCUUCUCCUGUAGAUACAAAUUCCACAAUGUCCAACGUUGCUUCUUGGAACAUAAAGAAUAGUUCUUGGUCCUUAUUGCCUUGGAAAGGAUUUAAUGGUCCAGUCUAUACCAUCACCAAAAACAAAAAGUAUAAUACUAUAUUGUUUGGUGGGCAUUUCGAUGCUACUGGGGAUGGCCAGUUCUUUAAUUCAAAUACAAGCCAACUGGUUCCAUUGAAUUCACCUACUUCAAUAUCUUCAGGAAAUGGUGCCUAUCAAGCUGAUCCAAAAAGUAUCAUUUGUCCUGCUCAAAUAUCAAAUGCUCAACCUUGGUAUCUGCAAGAUGGUGUCCCUGGCUAUUGGGAUGCAAAUUUUGCUAAUCCGGUAGAGCCCACUGUAUUUAGGCUAUCAAACACUCACACUGAAAAAGGAACAAUUUCAUUCAAUAUACUUGCAUUAGGCUGGAACCAUUAUUUUAACUUGUCGUAUGUAGACCCUGUUACACAGCAGACAAUUGUUUGUUCAAAGGAUUGCACGUUAUCCAACGAUACAUAUCAAGACUUCACAGUCGUAGAUCCUAUUACAGCGACUGGUAUUCGAAUCAAUAUAAAUAGCUGGUAUGGCUCUGGUGGCGGUCUGGGUUAUGUUCAAAUAUAUCAAUCAGAUAUUUCUGUAAAUCCACAUCUGAAUACAAAUGAUUCUCAAUGUAAUCCUACUGCAUCAUCUACUCAAACCACAGUCACCGGAAAUUGGAAAGAUGUUUAUGUUUUUGGUUACUACCAAACUAUACUAGUAGCAAACGUGCCAUAUUCUGAAUUGGCUACUUCAAACACUGCCAUUGUAUACGAACCAAAUAUCCCUGCACAGGGACAAUACGAUGUCUAUGCAACUACACCUGGAUGCGUUGGAAGUUCCAAUUGCUUUACUAGAACACAGGUGGAAUAUUCACUCGAAUUAUCCCCUGGUUUUCCUGUCACAACUAUUAUAUCUGAUCAAAAUACUUUUACUGAUCAUCGUAUUCUGUUAUACAGUGGAUAUAUUUCUCCUGUCUCAACAAACUUUAGACCCUCGAUUACACUUCGCCCAGCUCCAAAUGCCACUAAGCCUUCAAAUAACGAUGCAAACGUUCAAAUUAUGGCUGAUACAAUUGAAUUUGUUAGAAAUAUGACAGCUGCGCCAUUGGUCAGCAUACUAGAAUACAAUCCUGCAAAUGCAACAAACACAACAGCUAUAUCUUGGAAGCCUUUAAAUCGAUCCAUUGUGUAUUCGAUUGAUGCUUCAGAUGGUGAUUUACUUUAUAUUGGAGGAGAAUUCGCUAGUUCAAAUACAACUGGAUUUAGGAAUAUCGUUUCCUACAAUAAUCAACUAGGACAGUUACUUGCUUUAGAUAACAGCUCUGCUGGUUUGAACGGUAAAGUCUCCAAACUGCUUUUAUCCAAUACAAUUUUAUACGUUGGUGGUGAUUUUAAUGCAACCAUGACAAAUUUAAAUCUUAAACACGUUGGUCAAUUCGAUACGGCUAAAAAAUUAUGGUCACCGCUUGGAGAUGGAGUAGAUGGUUCAGUCAAUAAUCUCUUGUUAUCGUCAGAUAAUACAACACUCACUGUUUCUGGGCCUUUUAACCAUCGGCUGUCGAUCAACAAUACGAAAAUGUCAGUCGGUAACGCACAGUGGAAUACGAAAUUAUUGUCAUGGACUGAAAGAUCUUCGCUUGUCGUUGGAGAGGUCGCAAUCGACUAUCAAAAUAUACUAGCAGGUGCAAUUUUAGGUGCACAGACGUACCGUGCCGAUCUUGUUCUUUCCAGCAGCCUUAAUUCAUCUAGACAUAUUUUUAACGAUUCUGUAACAGUCUCUGCUGGUGUGACGUGGUUGAACAAUCAGACAUACGAAGAGCAUACAGUGAUUGCACAAUACACUGAAGAGAUGAAUGAAACGUCCACCGUCUUAUCCUAUAGUAACGUUACUAAUGCAUGGACUACGAUCGAUGUUUUUCAAGGACGUGUCUAUUCAUUAGCCACAUUUGGAACCUGGCUCUACGUAGGUGGACAGUUCUCUUCAGAAGCAACUCAAUCUAUAAGCUUAGCUAUUUAUGAUCUUGUCAGUAAUAAUACAAAUAUUCGUAUUCAUGGUGUAACAGGAACUGUCAAUGUUAUUAAGCCUCAUCCAGAUGGGAAAAAAGUAUUAAUUGGCGGUAAAUUUUCAAAGGUCGGUCUGUUAGAUUGUGAAGCAGUGUGUGCAAUCGAUCCUUCCACGCUUCAAUGGGAUCCCAUCGCCUUGAGUUUGACAGGAACUGCUUAUGACAUGAUCAUUCCAAUCAACGAGGAACCCCAAAAGAUUAUCGUGGUGGGUGAUCUCCGUAUUCAAAAUCAACCUGCUACUGCUAUUGCAAGUGUGACUGAUGCAGCUGAUAAUUGGUCUACUGUCUUGAGCUCGGACCAACUGUCUGGUAUCCCAAACACAAUUAUUAGCAGUGUCGACAACGAGGUAAUUGUUGCUGGAACAAGUCUAUCAAACAGCUUUUUCGUUGGAUCUUUGAACGGUAAUACAUAUACAUCAUUGGCUUCGAAUUUAGCACAAGGAACUAUUAUCAGUCAACUACUACUGGUGCCAAUCUCUAGUUCGUCUGAGCAACGAUAUCCCAGUGGCACACAGAAUAUGUUAUUAGCUGUCGGGACUUUGAACAUUCAAGAUUUUGGAAACGCUAGUGCAGCACUUUAUGAUGGAACUGCUUGGUAUCCUUAUUUACUUACUACUCAAUUGAAUGGUAAAGCCGGUAAUAUACAAAAGGUGAUUCACCCCACAGGUUUCAAUGGUAUUACCAAUGGACGUCGUAAGUAUUAA